AAUAUAGCUGUUGACUUUUGAUCAUGUACUAUAUAAUACUAUCGAUGCUUUACUAUAAAACUUAUCAUCUGGUUAUGGCAAAUGCAAUAGUUCAAUCAAGGAUCUCUCUCCGUCCAUUCAAAGACGACGACAUCGACGAUGUAUUAUUAUGGUUAGGCGAUGAUAGAGUCGUUGAAAAUACCCGAUUAGAGAUGUUAUCUAAUGGAACAUAUAAUGAAAAUUUAAAUACACAAAUGAUAGAGAGAAUGAGAGGAAGAGAUAAGACAUGUAAUUCAAGAGAAGAAGCUUUGAAUUUCAUAAAAAACAAAUGGAUUUACCCAUCAUACCAAUCAAUAUGUCUUGAUGAUCACUCCAUUGGAAUUUUUUGGAUUCUUUCUUAUAAUGAUUGGAAGCAUAGUGCAAACUUGGGUUAUGCUAUUGGGUUCAAGUAUUGGGGUCAAGGUAUAGUCACCAAAGGGUUGAAGAUUCUUUUGUCUAAAGUGUUUCAAGAGUUUCAUGGUUUGGUAAGGUUGCAGGCUUUAACUCUUGUGGAGGGCAAAGCUUCUCAAAGGGUGUUGGAAAAAGUUGGGUUCCAUAGGGAAGGAUUGCUAAGAAAGUAUGUAAAUCACAAAGGGUGUAUUGAGGAUUUAUAUAUUUUUAGCUUUUUGUCUACUGAUGAAAUUUCUAGUGGUGUUGUUUGAAUUUGAUAUUGGUUGUAAUAUAUAAUAGAGAGAUGUUUCACUUUCUCUCUAACUUCUCUCAUCUUUAUUGAU